AAAAAAACAUGUUAAUGUAUUUAUAUAAAUCAGAAAAAAUUAUCACCAAAAUUUUAAAUUGGAUAAAAUGAAGAAAAAUAGUAGUUUAUAUAAUUUCAAAUUUGUAGUAAUAUUUUAAAACGUUACUUUUAUCUAGUUGUUAGUAUGCCCCUUUAAAAGGGUAUCACAACACGGUUUGAGUCCCGGAAUGUACAUAUUAUUUAUUUUUAUUUUUUUUAAAGAUAUAUAUACAUAUAUUGAUUGAUGCACGUUUUAAGAAGUUCAGACAUUUUUUCUUAAAUUAUAAUAAAGUUGAGGUUGGUUUUGGCACUGACCAUUUGUUCGGGUCCUAUUUGGCACGAUUGAGAGUGUUGGGGUCAAAAUUGGUACUUUUUCUCGUAUAUCAAAACGAUGUCGUUUUAUCUUGUUAAUGAUUGACUAACUUCUAUCAGAGUCAAUGUAGAUUUAAGCACGUUUUAAGAAGUUUGAGUAGUUUUUUCGAAUUAUAUUUGAAUUGAGGUCGUAUUCGGUACUGAUCAAUUGUUCGGGUCGUAUUUGGCACGACCUAAAUUCUUGGGGUCGAAAUUAACACUUUUCCCCUGUAUAAUGCGAUCUUUAGCAAAUUAAACUUAUAAUUUUUUGGUCCAAAAAAACCUUGUAAUUAUAUUAUAUAUAUGAUCAAACUAUCUGUGAUUUUGCUAAAACACCAAAAAAGAAAGAAAAGAACUUGAGCGGAGAUGAAGUUUCGAGAGGGCUUGGCAAAAAUCAAUAAACGUUGAUAAAACAAAUCCAAAACGCUGCGUUUAAUAACUUCCUCAUAAGUGAAGUGAGACACAAGUUCCCAUCAGUUAAGAUACAUCAAAGAAUCGCUUUCUUUCUCUCGUCACGCUCCCUCUCCCGCUCAAGGUUUCUCGAAAGAAGAGCUUCAUCUAUCUAUUCAUACGUCUCUACUUCGUCUUCAUCUUCUUGUAGAAUUCUUAGCGUCAUGUUUGAAGUACCCAACGGAACGCAUUGGUGCAAGAAGAUGGACCGAAUGAGUGGUCUAGCAGAUGAAACGCUGAACGUGAUCAUGGGCUUUAAUGGUGCAACGGAAGCUGCACGUGUGUUGACUCUUGCAAAAAGAUUCAGGAACCUACAUACCGUUGUAGGAUCACUCAACUUGGACGACAUAAAUGACUUUCAUGGUACGUUCUCCGAGUUUGUAAGUGAGAGAUUGGGUUUGCUGGAAGAUAAUCAAUUUGUAAGGAGGUUCUCGUUGAAGGCAAGAGCUAUUCUUGAUCCAGCUGACAUCGCACAGUGGUUACGUGAUGUGUUGAAGCGUGGGGUGGUGGAUGUUAGUUUACACAUUCAUGGUAAUAAUGGUGCUCCACUUCCCUUGGAGUUGUUCAAUAGCAGAAGUGUUGGUAUGCUUAGACUAGGGCGUCACUUGGUGAUCAGUGAAGUCCCCGCAACUGCUGCUCUACCCGCCCUUGAAACUCUUGUUCUCGACUCUGUCCGCUUCCAUGCCUUUGGUGAUUGUGCGUUUCAGGCGUUUCUGUCAGCUUGCCCUACGCUUAAAGAUCUAACAAUAAAUGGUUGGUUUUGGGAAACGUGGAGAUGGGGAGGGAUGUUGUCUAAUAAUUCUCUUCAACGACUUACUAUUACUCGUAGAAUGCAAAGUGGGUUUGAUGGCUUUGAUUAUCAGGAGAUAAGCUUCCAAACUCCAAGUCUCAGAUACCUAGACUACACCAACUUCGUUCCUGAUGCCUAUCCAGUGGUCAACUUGGAGUCACUUGAAGAAGCUAAAAUAGAUCUUCAGGUGGUGGAAGAUAGGGAAUGGUUUGGAGAACUUUUAGAGGAUCCUGACCAUCUAUCAAAUAAUCCCACAAACUUCAUUGAGGGGAUAAAGAAUGUAAAGUCCCUAACGUUGUCAUCUUCGUCUACUUUUCAGACGCUUUACUUCUUCCGUGAAUCAAUUCCCUUGUUUGAAAACCUGCAUCACUUAACUAUGAGACAUAGUGACAUGCGCAUUUGCUGGCGAUUUCUUCCCUUUUUGCUUAGCAAGACUCCAAAUCUCAAGACCCUUCACAUCGAGGGAGGUUUGCAUUACGCUCAAAAAUCUGAGUCACUUGAUUAUGUUUGCAAGUGUGUUUCCGAGUAUUCUUGUCUAUCGUCGUGUGCUGUGGAGUUCAUGGAUAUAAACCUGUGGGACGAUGGAGCUGAAGGAGAAAUGGAGCAAAUAAAGCACUUCUUAGGCAAAUUAGCACAUCUUGAACUGCUCAAAGUUCACUCAUUGGGAAGCAUAAGUGACGGGGAGAAGUUAAGAAUCACCAAUCACCUGCUCAUGCUUCCAAGAGCAUCUCCCAAGUGCAAGGUGGAGAUCUCUUUUCGUUGAUACUACCAACUCAAACAUGAAGGCUGAUCUCUGAUUCUACUACUUCAACAAGUCAUUAAUUAUCGGUUCACUUUUAACACUAGUUACUCUUUUGUUUUCUGUUAUUGGACAUCUUUUAGUCUGAUCUUGGCUAUAUUCUAGGCAUUAAUUGUUUGCAACGAAAGUCUCUCUGAUGGUUUUGUUUUUAACUGA